AUGAACAACUACACAAUCAUCUGGGAGCAUACCAUUCCAGCCUAUAACUGGAAAAAGCACAGGCUACAGAGGCAGACACCUCUAAAUUCUAGUUCCAUGUUUCAACUUUACUGGCUGUGUGAUCCUGGGAAAAUUGGCCCUUCUGAGCAUACCUUCUACACAUUUCUAAAGCAGAGGUAUCAUCACCCAGAGACAACGGAGGAUGGGGCUGGGCGCCCCAAGCCGGGCUCUGCCUGCUCAGCCCAGGGCUCCUCCAGCCUGGCUAAUCUGCCAGCUCUUCCCGGCACCCUGUCUGAGAGUCACCCACCUGCCCGGCCUUUCGGGGCUCAUCUAAAAGGCUCCUCCGCCAAGACUAGGGGACACCAGGAAUUGGGUUUGUUUGCGGUGCCUCAGAAGGGGCAAGAUGGCGACAGGUAUCAGGGCGCAGGCGCAGCUGCGCGCUGCCGGUCGGGAAAUGUAGUUCGCCUUUCCCGCCUUUGGGAGAAAAGCCCGCAGAAGGCCUCGUUUCUCCCCGUUCCUCUUUUCCUCCGCGUUUUGAAAGGAAACGAGACAUCGCGAGGGGCGUUGGGAGUUGUGGUCCGAACCCAAACUCUUCGGUCGGCUGCUGCACGCGCAAGGGGGACUGGGAUUGUAGUUUCCUUGGCUUCUCCUCCAUCCCCUCCGAUCCGGCUUCGCGCGCCUGGCCUCCGGCUGCCAUCUCCCAGCCAAUCAGCUGCGCUCUCUGCUACGUACUGCGUCACACGUAGCGACCAAAAUGGCAUGAGAAAAGGGGCCCAGUAUACGAUGAUUCGCGGCCAUAAAAUCGAAGUCAGUCCCUGGUAUUGAAGAUUCCGUCAAAUGUUGUGAUUGCCCUCCCUCUUACAUUUUGUACUUGUGGAAACAUAGGAACUGGUAACAACAACAACAACAAAAUGCUCAAGUCAAAGAGGUUUUUAAUAUGCUUUCUGAUAUUAACAAAGUUUCCUUGAAAAAAAAAAUGAGGUCAGUACUACCCUGCGGGGAUGUUGUGAUAACACGGAGAAAAACAGUUAAUUUGUAAAUUGUGGACACUAUGCAAAUGUGUGAGACUGUUCAUGUUCUUUAUAUAC